CUAUAUAUUUGGAGUGAAAAAUAGGGUUUCUCAGUUAGCUCUGCAGGCAAUCUUCCCUUCUCUUUCUCUACCCCUCUUGCUCUCUUUAGUGUUCAGUCUUUUCCAAUCUCCGGUAAGCUCCCACACGCCACAGCCAACCUUCCAAAGUUUCAAUUAUUCUUCAAUCUUCAUCUCCAUUCGCCAGAUCUUGCAAACCAUUAGCCCCCUCCUAAGCUCCCACACGCCACACCCAGCCUUUCAAUCUUCAUUCUUUAAUCUGCAUCUCUAGAUCUUCAUUCGGUACAUUUUACAGCUCCCCUAGGCCUCGGCAGCGGUCCAUAUAAGCACCCUUCCCUUGUAUCUCCUCUGCAAAGUUCACUUCUUUCUUGUAUCAUCUUUUGCGAAUGGAAGAUUUGCUUGACUUCUUUGUCAUCGAGAAGCUCAACCCUGAUGGCAAGAAAUAUGACAAAGUUUCUCGCAUUGUAGCUCGCACUGAGAAGGGGGAUUUGUACAUGGUGCUUGAUGUACACACGGAGAUUUAUCCUAUUGAAGAAAAAUCAAGGUAUUUAGUCCUAUUAACUGAAACAUUGAACACUGAUGGCACUCCGGUUGACCCUCGUAAUGUGCAGGGUAAGCAACCAUCCAAAGAAGACAAGUUUGAGUAUGUGACACACGGGAAACUUUACAAAAUUGACAAAGAAGGUUCAGGAGCUGAUUUCAAGUUGUAUGUGCCAUACUUGGAGAUCUACAUUUCAUUUGGUGGACUUCAGCUGUUGCUGAGGGGGAGUCCUAGCUCGCUUGCCAGGUUUCAGCUUGAUAAAAACUAUUUUAUGUUGAUGAGGAGGAUGUAGAAGCAUUAAGAGUUCUGUAUAAUUUUCUACUUGGUUGCAUGCCUAAUAAUUCAGAUGAAGUUUCAGUUACAUAUAAUCCAAGAACUAAAUGAUCGGAAGAAAGUGAGUUUUGCGGAAUUUUUUUAUGGCUCGCUUACGAGUUGUUCAA